AUGGCAGACAACAAGAAGAUCAUUCUCAUCACGGGAGCCAAUUCAGGCAUCGGCCUCGAUACAGCUCACGCCCUGGUGUCUGCGUCGGCAAACAACCAUGUCAUCAUGGCGUGCCGCGACAAAUCCAAGGGUGACAAGGCUCUUGAAUCCUUGAAAUCAUCUCCAUCCUCAUCCUCCUCCAGCGGCGCCGCGCUACUCGGCACACUCAGCCUUCUGGAACUUGACAUCACCAUGGACGAUAGUAUCUCCGCAGCAGUGGCGACUGUUACGGCCGACUUUGGAAGACUGGACGUCCUGAUUAACAACGCAGGUAUAAUGAACAUCAGGCCCUCCAGCCGUCGGGCUGAUUUACUGAGCACGUAUAAUACCAAUGCCGCGAGUCCUUUGAUUUUCACGGAGCAGAUGCUGCCUCUUCUCAAGAAGAGUGCGGACCCAAGAGUCAUCAACGUCUCAAGUGGAUUGGGGAGUGUGACGGACAAAUACGACCCCGAGAGCCAGUACUACAAGGUUCCAGGCGAGCCAUAUCGCAUGUCCAAGGCGGCGAUGAACAUGGCGACCGCGUGCAUGUACGCGAGCUAUAAGGACUGGGGCUGUAAGGUAUGGAGCUUCGAUCCGGGGUUCGUGGUGACGAACUUGUCCGGUGUAGAAAACAGGGGCAGACGGGUUAGUAUGGGGGCAGAGAGUUCCGAGACCAGUGCUAAAGGGCUGAGGGAGAUUGUGGAUGGUUUGAGAGAUGGUGAGGUUGGGAUAUUUAUUGGACGAGAGGGUUCUACAUUGCCCUGGUAA